UGCUCGCGAGCAUAUCAAAGUGGAAAUGAGACUAGAAAGUUAAGUAAAGAAAAGAAGACUUUUUUGUGUGAGCAAACUGUUGCUGUUUGUUGUUUGAGGGGCCAGUUUUGUGGGUGACAGUGAAGGCGCCGCAUGCCAAAUUUUGAUCAUGACCGCGUAAAAACAAACUAAAUACAGCUGACUCUAUAUAUAUAAAUAUAUAUAUAUAUAUAGUUAGAUAGAUAUAAAACCAAAACAAAGGAACAAUCAAAAUAUCUAUCAGUAUCAAUUAAGUUGAUGAAAAAUUGUGUAACUCGAACGCUUUGAAAUGAAUAAAACCAUAUUGCACUGGAGCUAUUUAAAUUUUAAGGACGUGCCUAUGGACCUGUUCCUCUACGAGGACCUGGAGGAGGUAUAUCUGAAAGAGAACUAUAUAUCUGUCAUACCCAAAUGGCUGCUCAAUAUCACCACACUCAAGUUCAUCCAUUUGGCUGGCAAUAAUCUCACCGAACUGCCUGUGGACAUAUAUUUGCUGGAGAAUCUGGAAUUUCUGGAUGUGUCCAACAACGAGUUGCGCGAACUGCCCAAAACAUUGGGUCUCCUGCUCAAUCUGCAGCAGCUGAACGUGAGUGGCAAUCAGCUGUGCGAGCUGCCAGUGGAGCUGAACACCUUGCGCAAUUUGGAGCAUCUGAACAUUGCCAAAAAUCAAUUUCGACGACUGCCCCUGCAGCUCAGCGAAUGUGUGCGUCUCAACGAGCUCAAUGUGAGCGACAAUGAGGCACUGCUGCAUCUGCCCGAGCGCAUCUCCAAUUUACCCAUGCUGCAAUCUCUGGCCGCAGAUCGCUGUGCUCUCAUCUAUCUGCCGGCUGCACUCUCCAAGUUUAUGAACCAUGUGCGCAUCUUUCACAACACCUCCGUCAAUUAUAUACCGAUGGUCUACGAGCGCUUCUAUCAGAAUUUCUACGAUAAUCGGCAAAAAAUUACGCCCAUUUCCAUUCGCAAGAAGGGUCUGUUUUGGGUGCGUGAACUGGAGACGCAACAGCGUCUGCUGCUGCCCGUUGGCACACGUAAAGUAUUCGCUGUGCCCUCCCCGGAGAAUCAGGUGACCCUCUACGAUGACUGUUUGCAUGCGAUACAAACUAUGAACCGACACGUGCCCGUCUACGAGAAUGCUGCACUGCAUCGCCUGCUGCCCGAACCCUAUAUGAGUUCGCACAUCAACAAUGGACCCAUUGCACGCUGCACGACCACCAACUGCUCCAGUUGCCUCUAUACAACCUACUACUUUAUGGUCGUCAAGCGACGUGGCAGCGCUUCCAAACAGCUUUUCACUUGCAACUUUUGUACACUAAUUUGCGCAUUUCAAUGGCUUUCGAAUAAUGCGAAAAAAUACUAUCAACUCAAUUGGAAAGUUUCCGAUGAUGAUGACAAUGAUGAUGAUGAUGAUCGUGGUGUUGGUGAUAAUGAUUAGAACAUGGAGUUAUUUGUAAUGUGAUCCUUGCAACUGUUUGUACAAAAAGAAAAAAACAAUUUGCAUUGUUUGAAUUAGUCGCUAGUUUUAUAAAUGUUAUUUAAACGCUUAAAUAUAAUUUAAACGCUUAAAUCUAAUUUGAGUCUGUCGAUUUGAAGUUUCCCA